AUGAGCUCUCCCUAUGAUUAUGAGGCGGUCCGCAAGGACAUCGUCGCACAGUUGAAGAAGCCCGACUAUGACGAUGGAAGCGCAGGCCCAGUGUUUGUGCGACUAGCAUGGCACUCCUCAGGUACAUAUGAUCUCGAGUCAGACACCGGUGGCUCGAACGGCGCCGGCAUGCGUUAUGAAGCGGAGGGUGGCGACCCAGCCAACGCAGGCCUGCAGCACGGUCGGGCCUUCCUGGAGCCCGUCAAGGAGAAGCACCCUUGGAUCACAUACUCGGACCUCUGGACUUUGGCCGGUAUCGUAGCGAUCAAAGAGAUGGGCGGACCUGAUAUUCCCUGGCAAGGGGGACGCACAGACCUAGUAGAUGACUCCAAGGUGCCACCAAGAGGACGUCUGCCCGACGGCGCAUUAGGUGCCGACCACCUGCGCUUCAUCUUCAAUCGCAUGGGCUUCAACGACCAGGAGAUUGUGGCGUUGGCCGGCGGACACAACAUGGGCCGGUGCCACGGUGACCGCAGUGGGUUCGAGGGGCCGUGGGUGACGAACCCAACACGGUUCUCGAACUCGUUCUUUAAGUUGCUGUUACAGCUCGACUGGAAGCCUCGCACACUGUCGACGGGUAUGACACAGUUUGUGUAUGAGGACCCGGAUGCUGAAGAGGAUGAGGAAGCCCUGAUGAUGCUGCCGACUGAUAUGGCGCUCAAGACCGACCCUGCAUUCUUGCCGUGGGUGCAGAAGUAUGCCAAGGACAAGGACCUUUUCUUUGAUCACUUCUCCAAGGUUUUCGCCAAGCUCGUCGAGCUAGGUAUCCAGCGCGAUGAGAACGGUGCCAUCAUCAACUCUGACAAUGUCAUGGGUGGCUAUAUCUCUGCGCCCAAGAAGAGCAACAAACCGACUGGCCCCAGCAAGAAGAAGAGCGAGCCUCGUGCCCGCCUUUAG